CAUCUUCCUCCAUCGCUCUAUACCCGCAGUUCUCUCGGCCUCCGCACAUUGACUCCUAGCCUCGCCUUUGACUACCUAGGAACACUUACACGCUCGCUGGUCACUCGACAGAAAUUCUCAUGUCUGAGGACACUGCACUCAGCACCACUCUCCACAAUGUCCAUCUCGAGAACACAGAAACUACAGACGCCGAGCUAGACCCCUGGAAGGAUACCCCUGCACCCGAGGAACGCGUAAUUCCCUCAGACAAGGCUCUACUAAUUCCGGAGUCGGACCUCCGCACUAUCCAAGGACCACCCGUUGAACCCGGAGAGACUACAGGACAUACAGCGGCGGUCGCAGAUAUCCUCCUUGAGUUUGAUCCUCUAGCAAGUGCCGAGGAAAGCGCAGCUCAGAAUGCUUGGUCGAGCUCUGCUGGCCACCCCCCUCCGCCCGCUCCGAUCAACGUCGAGGGAGACGUCCCACCAAGUAGCCCAGAUCCUGCCCCUUCUCCUCCCCACACACCAUCACCACCCAACCGUGCCUCAUCUCCCAUACCUACAUUCCCUGCGCUUGCCGCGCUUGCCCGCACGUUUGCCCUUCCACUCACCUCUCGAGGUCAGCGUCCGCGUUCAAUAGAUACCGCUACCGCAGUACCAUCCCCCGCCACUAUCUCCUCCUUUGCAAAGCAGCAGGAUGCCCUACCACCAAGGCGACCUCAGGAUAUCUCUCCAAGCGGUGCCCAGGACGCUGUAGCGAGCAGUAGUGGGCGUAGCACCCCGUCGGGGAAAGGCAAGGAGUUGGAGCCUCCCACAUUCGAUUUCCAGAAGUUCCUGGACCAGAUGAAGGCGAAGGGCGCGGAACCUGUGGCGAAGUAUCUCCGGUCAUUCCUGAGCAACUUUGCCAAACGCACAUUCACAGUCAAUGAUCAGGUCAAGCUGAUCAACGAUUUCCUCAAUUUCAUCUCUGCCAGAAUGCGAGAUAGCGAUGUGUGGCGCAAUGCGACAGAGGCCGAGUUUGACAAUGCCAUGGAGGGCAUGGAGAAGCUAGUCAUGAACAGGCUAUAUGAGUUCACCUUUACGCCUCAAGUCGCGAAAGCGAUACCCCCACGACCUGUGACCGCAGACGAUCUUGAACGAGAUCGCGUCCUCUCGCAGCGCAUAGCCCUAUUCAAGUGGAUUGAGCCGAAACACCUAGACGUCCCCGAGGGCGAAGGGAGCGAAGGCUUCCUCAUGUUCGCGCAGCAAGAGCUACUCAAGAUCAACCACUACAAGGCGCCGCGUGACAAGCUGAUCUGCAUUCUGAACUGCUGCAAGGUCAUAUUUGGGUUGAUACGACAUUUGCGCAAAGACGAGAGUGCCGAUACCUUCGUACCGAUCUUGAUCUAUACAGUGCUCAAGGCAAAUCCGCCGCAUCUGCUGUCAAAUGUCGAGUUCAUCAACCGCUUCCGCAAUCCGGCAAAGCUGCAAAGUGAAGCAGGGUAUUACCUCUCUAGUCUGAUGGGUGCCGUCUCAUUCGUGGAGACCAUGGAUCACACGUCGCUCUCGCACAUUUCCCAAGAGGAGUUCGAAAGGAAUGUCGAAGACGCGAUCCAGUCGCUCCCGAGCACCGGCAGCCAAACUCCCGAACGUGCGUUCACGUCCGGGUCCGAGUUUUCGGGUACAACGACGCCACCGCGCUUCGCUGGUGCUUCGGCGUCCCACACCGGCGAAGAGUCCGCACAACCGUUAUCCUUGCCCACGCCCGGCCAAACACUAGGAGAGGACGCGCGACGGUUCCUGCAGAAGACGGGCGACACGAUCUCCAAGCCGCUCAAUGCGAUCAGCCGCAUAUUCAACGAGGUCCUCGACGGCGCAGAGGACACACUCUCUUACCUUCCUGGCCCCUUCGCACCGUUGGAACUCGGGCGAGAGCAGCAAGAACAGCAGCUGUAUGCGCAGGAUGGGCACUCGGCAUACCCGCAGGGUUACCCACAGACGCCAAUGGGUCCCGGGGCGGAAGCCCAACAAUAUCAACCGCCUUUGCAGCCUCCGUACAAACCACGCGUACGGCGAGUAUCACCGCAGCCUUCCCCGCAGGGUUCCAUCCGGUCAGCCUCGUCAGCACAAUUCCCCCUGCUCCCCCCAGACGACACUCCCACACGCGCCCGCUCGCACUCGCUCGGGCCCCACACGAACCAAGCACUCGCCAUCGGCCCCUCGCAGCAGCCCGGCGCGCCGCAGCCCGCCCGUCUACACGCGCUCGUGCAGGGGGACCGCGAGCUGCACGCGCCGUCGCCGCACGUGUCGCGGACGCCGACGCCGGCGCUGGACAUCGCAGGGCUGCAGCAGGAGAUCGACCGCGCACACGAGAAGGCGGCGGUCGCCGCGCGCGAGACGCUGCGGCAGAUCUUCCCGACGACGGACGCGGAGAUCGUGGAGUGGGUGCUGGAGGCGAACGAGGGCGACCUGGGGAAGAGCAUCGAGGCGCUGCUGGAGAUGAGCAGCGGGACGUAGGUACGCGUGGGUUGACUGGGUUCUGGACGGUAUGGAAUCGCGUCAAGGGAUGAGGAUGCUGUCUGCCUGUGAUGGCGUCGUCUGAUGUCGCAGCUGCAAACCCAUCGUGUCCUCAUACGAUCUGACUGGGAGAGCUAAGGUAGCUGAACCUUCCACUAUAUCCAUGUCAGACUGUUCGCCGGAUGUUCAGCACUUCAGCACUGGCUACAACCAUGACUGACUAACCC